AUGGGGCGUCCGCUGCUGCUGGUGGGGACCCUGGCUAUGGCUCUGGUUGCGUCUGUGCUGCUGGCGCUGCCGUCUGCCGUUCGAGGCACGCCUAUCGUCGAGUCUGCCUACAGCAGGGUCUCGCACAGUGGUCCAGCGCGCCUGCUCGCAGCCAGGGAAGGAGGAAGGCUCUGGUCGGCUGGAUUGGCAGAGCUGCAGCCUCCACCGCAACAGCCUGAGCAGGUAGUUAGCAGCUACAGCCCGCAGAGAAGCCCGUACUAUGUCCACGCACAAAGCCGUUACUACCCCGACCGGGCUGCCAAGCUGACGGGCAGCGAGGUGGCAUCUAGCGAAAACUGGGCUAGCGAUCCAAACAGCGGUACAGAAGGUCAGGAUGAAGGUGUGGGCGGCGCCAGAGCCUACGACAACGCCGCCUCUCGACACUCUCCACCUGACAGCAACGUCGCGUCGCAUCUGGGGCAGCAGGUCUCCCACAUAUCGGAGUCCGCGGAGUAUUCAGGCUUCGGCGCACACAAGCAGCUGGCCAGCAGUAAUUUAGCCGAUGUGGCGGGAGACGGCACACAAGACGACGCCUCGCAGGUCUCCGGUAGUUACAGAUACUCGCCCAGCAGACACCAACUCGGUAUACAGGAGCAGAACUCUGCAAGCGGUGAUGGCGGACAGGGUAUUGAUGGCCUCACUGCCCCGUCUGAAUCUUAUCCACCGACGUACUGGGAAGGCGAGAGCUACAGAGAGGACAGUGAACAGGCAAGCGAAACCGAGGCCAACGGCGACUCGACGGAGGAUCCAGAGAGCGAUAACCCGCCCUCGCCACCAGCGCAGUCUACGGCGCGCCCAACUCCACUAGAACACUCCCGGUUGAAGGUGGAAAAUGAUGAAGUCGAUAACAACAGCAACAAAAUUAACGACAGAUCGCACAGUGUUGAUGUCGAUGAUGACAGCUAUGACGAGAGCGACAACGACGAAGACGGCGCUGACGACAACGGCAGUGACGAUGACAGCGACGGUGCCAGCGAAGCCGACGACGACAGUGGCGUGGCUCAUGGGCGAGUUACGACGCCGCCGGUGCCGUCCAGUGAUGUUUCUUCUUCAACAGCUCGCCAAGAAGCUGAUCAGCGGCCAGCUUCCGACCGCAGAGGAAACGAUGGGGAACGGAAGGAGGAGCCUGAACACCAAAAAGAUCACUCUACGAAAGACCAGGAGGGGAGCCGACUGAACAGGCCGUCGUACGUGCCAUACUAUGGAUUGGGACGCAAACUUUGGUACGUUCCCCUGUGGUUCAGCGUAUACUAUAUAAUCUACCUGACGUCCCUUGUCAUAAAGUCUAUCUCCAGACACAAGAUAGAGUACCCAGAGGCCGAGAAACAUCAUGGCUGGGACAAGAGGUCACUGGCCGACACGGUCGGCACUGCUCUAGCUAGGACUGUACACAGAGCCCUGCGGGCGGCCGCCUCCAAAUACGACUGAAUCACGUAUUUGGUGAAAUGUCUCUUGAACUGUGAAAGCUGCUGGACUUGUCCAAACAGUAGAGCGUUGCACAGAUUAGCAGCUGUCUUCGGAUUCCAGUACACCACCGAGGGAUUUUCAGUCUGGAAAACGCUACAGUUAGUUACAGACAUUCGGAUAACACAGGUCGCAGUGUAUUCUUCAUUAUGAAUUCUGUGGUAUCUAAAUCAUACUCAAUUACCUCAUUUUCCCACUGCAAAAAGCCUAUUUAUUGUUGUUUGCCUUUGUUCCUAUGUUUUGUGGCGUUGUAUAUAAAAGUCUUAAACGACGCACACACAGACACACACACACACGCACAAACAAACACACACAUACAGAGAGAGAGAGAGUGAGUGAGAGAGAGAGAGAGAGAGAGAGAGAGAGAGAGAGUUCUGCCAUACGUUACGAUGCCUUCCCAACUGUUGAACGGAAUAGGUCAGACAGUAAAGAAAAAUUUAAGGUUUCUGCUAAAUUCUUUCUAAUGUUUCUCUGACAUAACCAAAAUUCUGCAAUGAGAUAAUUCAAUGGCUCCCAGUGACAAUUGAAUCCGAACACUUUAAUUGUAAGAAAUAUGCACGGAACAGAUCCCUUGAGAGUUUCUGGUCGAGUCAUUCAUUGUAAUUCUUGGAAUUCUGUGGUCUUGGCUGAAUGUGAGCAAUUAGGGAACACUUACUUACUAAAAAUUGCAGCGUAACUCCCUCUUUACCUUUUUCUCACUUUCUGCAACACGGCAAUCUGUUUGCCAUUUAGUUGGAAAAGCACAAUAAUUGCUAAUAAAUGGUCAAUAACUUCCAGCGUUUAGGCUUCUGUUAUCUCUGUAACUACUGAAUAAGCUCUCAAACAGUUGAUUUACAACUGGAAACUCUUAACAACUGUAUUACGUACAAUGUAAAGUUAUUUGUUAUCUCUGAAGUGCAAAAUGUGUACCUUUGGUCAAGGAGGCCUCAAGUAUCUGUAUAACUGUUUACAUGCUGGUCAGGUUCUGUCGAGACAGGAUUUAAUGUGUCUUCAAAAGAGUAACAGAUUGUCUUGAUAGCACUACGAUUCAUAUUAGACAUUUUCACUGUAUAUAACAUUUUUCACGACCAUUUUAUUUAUUUAUUUGUACAGCACAGUAAAACUGUUAUUUCUUUGUGUAUUAUGUACUUCAUUCUCAUUUCAUUUAUUUAUUUUUAAAAUAAAACAGUUUAAAUGAA